AUGCGUAGUGGAACACAAAACAAACUUCACGCUAUGUACGAAUUCGUCCACCAGCCUUGCAAGAAGAGACUGAUGGAACAGUACGCAAGAAAGCGUUACUUUUCCACGAUUGCGGUUGGUCAUAUCGACAACAACACCUGGGACGGAGACCCACAGAUCAGAGGUGUUCACCCUCCUCCGAUACCGCGAGAUCUACUUUCAGAUCCUCAGACAUGGCUUCACGCCAAAACUCUGAUCGUUGGACACUUGGAAGAACCCAGUGCUGAUGGCUUCGGUGACCAGGAAGAAGCCGAACUCGAUGAGGUCGAACUCCAAGAUGUAGUGGCGCAAUUUAAACGCAACACGCGGCUCCUGUGCAAAGUGUUUGAGGACGCCGAGGAAUUGAAGGGGGAGUACAUCGAAUCUUGCCAGAAAGGCUUCAUUGAUCCCUCAAAAGUGGCAAGUCUCGAGUUCUACCAAAGCGCCAUCGAUGCAGCGCUUUUUUCGAUCACACUUUGCUCAUUUAAGGGCCCGAAGAGGUUUAUCUACACUUCCUGGGCUGGCGCUUCUCUGGACGAUGCGCAGUGCGAGCCGCGCCAGAUCGUUGGAUAUUUGGAGACCUACACCCGAAAGACUCUCUGCCAUCUCGAACUUACUGGUUCUUCGGACAUGCAACGUGCUGAGAACCUCUUCUUCGAGAAAGCUGAACCUUGCAUCGGUAGCCUGUGCGCGUUCGAGGUCUCGGAAAGGAUCACUGGAAACGAUGACGCUAUACAAAUAGAUCGAAGGCGCUGA